UAUUUGACGCCACCGCCCCUGGCAGUCGGAAGUUGCUUGAACGGAGCCCAGCCGGCCGGCCAAGCAACCGGUCUUCGUCCUCCCCUGGGCGCCCUGUGAGAGUCACCGACGGGUGGACGGACUGAUCGCCGGAGGAGGGCCGGCCUGGACAGUGGCAACGCGGGCCCAAUGGCGCGGGUCGCGUGAGGCGGCAGGCCGAGUGCGGCCCGCGGUGCGCCCGCCCAGCGAUGCGGGCCCCGCCCGUCGCCUCAGGUGCCAUUUGGAUAGUACGUUAGCGGCACAAUGUACUCUGAGUGGCGAUCACUGCAUUUGGUGAUUCAAAAUGAUCAAGGCCACACCAGUGUGCUACACAGCUAUCCAGAGAAUGUUGGGCGAGAAGUGGCAAAUGCAGUAGUCCGUCCCCUUGGGCAGGCAUUAGGUACCUCUUCAGUGGCUGGUAAUGAGAGUUUGUUAAAAACUGACAAAGAAGUAAAAUGGACCAUGGAAGUAAUUUGCUAUGGAUUGACCCUUCCAUUGGAUGGAGAGACUGUAAAAUAUUGUGUUGAUGUAUAUACAGAUUGGAUUAUGGCUUUGGUGUUGCCGAAAGAUUCUAUUCCAUUACCAGUUAUUAAAGAGCCUAAUCUAUAUGUUCAAAGUAUAUUAAAACACCUACAAAAUCUUUUUGUUCCAAGACAGGAACAGGGCUCCAGUCAGAUCCGACUAUGCUUACAGGUUCUGAGAGCUAUUCAGAAACUGGCCCAUGAGUCAUCCAUCAUGGCUCGAGAAACCUGGGAAGUCUUACUAUUGUUUCUUCUGCAAAUUAAUGACAUACUUCUGGCCCCACCAACUGUUCAAGGUGGCAUUGCUGAGAAUCUAGCAGAGAAGUUGAUUGGUGUUCUCUUUGAAGUUUGGUUACUAGCUUGCACCCGGUGCUUCCCAACACCUCCUUAUUGGAAGACAGCCAAGGAGAUGGUGGCUAACUGGAGACACCACCCUGCAGUGGUGGAGCAGUGGAGCAAGGUCAUCUGUGCACUCACUUCCAGAUUGCUCCGCUUUACGUAUGGUCCUUCAUUUCCCCCGUUUAAAGUUCCUGAUGAAGAUGCCAAUCUGAUCCCUCCAGAAAUGGACAAUGAGUGUGUUGCACAAACAUGGUUUCGAUUUUUACACAUGCUAAGUAAUCCUGUGGAUCUGAGUAACCCAGCCAUUAUAAGCUCAACCCCCAAGUUUCAGGAACAGUUCCUGAAUGUGAGCGGGAUGCCACAGGAGCUGAGCCAGUACCCCUGCCUUAAACAUCUGCCUCAGAUAUUCUUCCGUGCCAUGCGUGGAAUCAGCUGUUUGGUGGAUGCGUUCUUAGGCAUUUCUCGACCCCGAUCAGACAGUGCUCCCCCAACACCCGUGAAUAGAUUAAGUAUGCCUCAGAGUGCUGCUGUGAACACCACACCCCCACAUAACCGGAGGCACCGGGCUGUUACUGUGAACAAGGCUACAAUGAAGACAAGUACAGUUACUACUGCUCACACUUCAAAAGUCCAGCACCAGGCAUCCUCCACUUCUCCUCUGUCAAGUCCAAAUCAGACUAGUUCAGAACCCAGACCGCUGCCUGCCCCUCGGAGACCAAAGGUUAACAGCAUCUUGAAUCUCUUUGGAUCGUGGUUAUUCGAUGCAGCAUUUGUUCACUGUAAACUCCAUAAUGGGAUAAACAGAGACAGCAGCAUGACUGCAUCUUUUAUCCAAAUUCUUCUUUCUUAUAAAUCUUCCAUUGCAACACAAGCUAGCAUGGAGUUUCGGCGGAAAGGGUCCCAAAUGUCAACAGACACCAUGGUUUCCAAUCCUGUGUUUGAUGCAAGUGAAUUUCCUGAUAACUAUGAAGCAGGAAGAGCUGAGGCUUGUGGGACAUUAUGUAGAAUUUUUUGUAGCAAGAAGACUGGAGAAGAGAUUCUGCCAGCCUAUUUAUCCAGAUUUUACAUGCUUUUAAUUCAAGGUUUGCAGAUAAAUGAUUAUAUGUGCCAUCCUGUCUUGGCCAGCGUUAUUCUAAACUCCCCUCCUUUGUUCUGCUGUGACUUGAAAGGGAUUGAUGUUGUGGUUCCUUACUUUAUUUCAGCUCUUGAAACCAUUUUGCCUGACAGAGAACUCUCAAAAUUCAAAAGCUAUGUAAAUCCAACAGAGUUGAGAAGAUCAUCCAUUAAUAUCCUGCUUUCUUUGCUGCCUCUCCCUCAUCAUUUCGGCACUGUCAGAUCUGAGGUGGUCCUAGAAGGAAAGUUUAGUAAUGAUGACAGCUCUUCUUAUGAUAAACCAAUAACUUUUCUGUCCCUGAAGUUGAGACUUGUGAAUAUACUAAUAGGUGCCUUGCAAACGGAAACGGACCCUAACAACACCCAAAUGAUUCUAGGGGCUAUGUUAAAUAUUGUUCAAGAUUCUGCACUUUUAGAAGCCAUUGGUUGCCAAAUGGAGAUGGGUGGUGGAGAAAAUAACCUGAAGAGUCAUAGUCGCACUAACAGUGGCAUUAGUUCAGCAAGUGGAGGAAGCACAGAACCUACAACGCCUGAUAGCGAGAGACCUGCUCAAGCUCUCCUAAGGGAUUAUGCUCUUAAUACAGAUUCAGCUGCUGGGCUCCUGAUUCGCAGCAUUCAUCUCGUCACCCAAAGACUCAACUCCCAGUGGCGACAAGAUAUGAGCAUAUCCCUGGCGGCUCUAGAACUCCUCUCUGGCCUAGCAAAGGUGAAGGUGAUGGUUGACUCAGGAGACCGGAAGCGUGCCAUCAGUUCUGUGUGUAGUUAUAUUGUAUACCAGUGCAGUCGGCCAGCUCCUCUUCACUCCCGGGAUCUGCACUCCAUGAUAGUGGCAGCUUUUCAGUGUCUCUGUGUCUGGCUGACAGAGCACCCUGAUAUGCUGGAUGAAAAGGAUUGCCUUAAGGAAGUACUGGAGAUUGUAGAGCUGGGUAUCUCGGGAAGCAAGUCCAAGAACAGUGAGCAAGAAGUCAAGUACAAAGGCGACAAGGAACCAAACCCUGCAUCCAUGAGGGUAAAGGAUGCUGCAGAAGCCACUUUAACAUGUAUCAUGCAGUUGCUUGGCGCAUUUCCUUCACCCAGUGGUCCUGCCUCUCCUUGUAGUCUGGUGAAUGAGACCACUCUGAUCAAAUAUUCCAGGCUGCCAACUAUAAACAAGCAUAGUUUCCGGUACUUUGUUUUGGAUAACAGUGUCAUCCUGGCAAUGCUGGAGCAACCGCUUGGAAAUGAGCAGAAUGAUUUUUUCCCCUCUGUCACUGUGCUGGUCCGGGGAAUGUCUGGAAGACUUGCUUGGGCUCAGCAGCUUUGCCUUUUACCCAGAGGAGCAAAAGCAAAUCAGAAGCUUUUUGUGCCCGAACCUCGCCCAGUUCCUAAAAAUGAUGUUGGAUUUAAAUAUUCUGUGAAACAUCGACCAUUUCCUGAAGAGGUGGACAAGAUUCCUUUUGUAAAAGCAGACUUGAGCAUUCCAGAUUUACAUGAAAUUGUCACUGAAGAAUUAGAAGAAAGGCAUGAAAAAUUAAGAAGUGGGAUGGCACAGCAGAUUGCUUAUGAGAUACACCUGGAACAGCAGAGCGAGGGGGAAUUGCAGAAGCGAAGCUUCCCUGACCCUGUCACGGACUGUAAGCCCCCACCUCCAGCCCAGGAAUUCCAAACAGCCCGCCUUUUCCUUUCGCACUUUGGAUUUUUGUCUUUAGAGGCAUUGAAGGAACCUGCAAAUAGUCGUCUACCUCCUCACCUCAUUGCACUUGAUUCUACCAUACCUGGGUUUUUUGAUGACAUUGGGUAUCUGGAUCUCUUGCCAUGUCGUCCUUUUGACACAGUUUUUAUUUUCUACAUGAAACCAGGUCAGAAAACAAACCAAGAGAUUUUAAAGAAUGUCGAGUCUUCGAGAAAUGUUCAGCCACAUUUCCUAGAAUUUUUGCUCUCCCUUGGCUGGUCAGUAGAUGUGGGCAGACACCCUGGUUGGACGGGACACGUGUCCACCAGUUGGUCAAUUAAUAGUUGUGAUGAUGGUGAAGGGUCUGAACAAGAUGAAUUACCUUCCUCUGAAGACGCUGGGGCUAGCAUUUUCAAUGGGCAGAAGAAGGUGCUGUAUUAUGCUGAUGCCCUGACAGAAAUAGCUUUUGUGGUUCCUUCUCCUGUGGAGUCUUUAACUGAUUCAUUGGAAAGUAACAUCUCAGACCAAGAUAGUGACUCAAAUAUGGAUCUUAUGCCGGGAAUUCUGAAGCAGCCACCCCUGACACUUGAGUUGGUCCCUAAUCACACGGACAGUCUUAAUUCCUCACAGAGGCUCAGUCCAAGUUCCAGAAUGAAGAAGCUGCCUCAAGGUCGCCCUGUGCCUCCCCUGGGGCCUGAGACAAGAGUGUCUGUAGUCUGGGUGGAGCGCUACGAUGACAUAGAAAACUUUCCCCUCUCAGAUCUGAUGACAGAGAUCAGCACUGGUGUGGAGACUACUGCAAAUAGUAGCACUUCUCUGAGGUCUACAACUCUUGAAAAAGAAGUCCCAGUCAUCUUCAUCCACCCUUUAAACACUGGAUUGUUCCGGAUAAAAAUUCAAGGAGCCACUGGAAAAUUUAACAUGGUCAUCCCUCUGGUUGAUGGGAUGAUAGUCAGCCGGCGAGCACUUGGCUUUCUGGUGAGGCAGACCGUAAUAAACAUUUGUAGAAGAAAGAGGCUGGAAAGUGAUUCCUAUAGCCCACCACAUGUCCGUCGGAAACAGAAAAUCACUGACAUUGUCAACAAAUACCGGAAUAAGCAGUUGGAGCCAGAGUUUUAUACUGCCCUUUUCCAGGAAGUUGGACUCAAGAACUGCAGUUCUUAGAGCACAGUUUGUCAGUGAACUCCAGAGUUGGCUCUCACAUCGAAGCCAGACCAUCCUGUAAAAAUAAAGGCGAAUCACUCCCAAGAGCUCACUGUUGACUCACCAGAAGAAACAUGAUGUGAAGCUACUGGCUUGAAGACCGCCAGCCAUUUCGUGAAUGGGCCCUGCACUGUCACACUCCUGCUGAAAAUGACACCAAGCAUUUUAGCCAUAAACUUCCUUUUAAAAGUGACAAUUUUAGUAAAAUAUAAGCCUUUUGAGGAGAAAGGCUUUUAUGCAUCAGUUAAACACAUGCAUUGGUAGUGUCAACAAGUUUGCAAGUUAGAAGCUGAAGAUAGUUUUAUACCUCGCUUUUUAGGAAGGUGUAUUCAAAUUUAAAAUCUGUCUCAGAAUCUUCCAGAACUUUUAGGCUCAUGUUGACACCGGGGAACAGGAAAGGCUGCAGCGUUGUCCUCAUGUGUACAUCCAUUUGUCACCCCUGUUACACUAACAGAGGUUGAAACAUAAAUGGGUUUUGCUCAGACAUUAAAAUAUUUCCUAUUUUCUCUUCAUAUUUAAUCAAGUUGUCCCUCUCGUUGCCAUGGAGAUCUGUCACAGCCUCAGCUUCUUAGCAGACAGAUGGGAAGUGGAGGCACAGCUGUGUGCUCUGAUGGGUAUACUAGUCAUGUUAGUGGGGUUAAAAACUGUGAGAGCAGCGGUGCCUCCCUUCUCCAUUACGUUCAGUUUAAUGGUGUGAUGAUGGUUAGACAUGGUUCCUCGAUUACAUACCAAGAAAUGUGAACUCAAAGCAGGGGCUGAAAAUUAUUUGGUUUCAUUAUUUAUUUCAGGACCAAGUAGCAAGCUGCAGUAGUUGAUGAGAGGUUCUAAUCUGUGGUCCAGGAAGUAGUGUCUCACUGCCACUCACUCAGCUCUCUUUUAGAGGGUCCCUGGCCCACAAUCCACAGAAGUCAGUGCCACAUCCUUAGGUGGCUGCUGCUAUUGUGUUUUCUGGCCUAGCCAGCUGAAGGCAUAUUUCCCUGCCAGGGCUCUGUAAUAUUUGUCACCUCACUGCUGUUUUUCUGCCAGGGACAAAGCUUAGGAGGUGGCCAAAACCAAACUAUUGUAAAAGAACUCCUGUUACAGUCUCAGUAUAUUCCUAUUUUUAUGUUCUUUCUCCUUCAGUAAGAUUAUUUGUCUUAGAAAACAAGUGGCAUUCAUAGUCCAAGGGAAUAAGCAGAGUUGAACAGGAGUGUUCCCACUGGUCCUCUGUGUCAUUACUUUGUAGAUCAGCACUCCCGUUUGGUUUGAGAUUUUGUUCCUUUCCAAGGAUAUUAGGGUCAGUAUUGGACUUGCUCCCCUGUGCAGGUGCCUCCAUUCUAGAAGUCUGUGUGCUGCCAUCUCUGAGCAGGAUCUGUGGCUGUAGCAGCCCUUGGUCCGUAGUUUGCCACCACCACCCCUUUUCCCCUCAACUCAGGUACAGACACCCACCUUGUCUUCCUUGUUCUUAAUGUCCUUUCUACCCCCACCCCCACCCCACAA